UAUUUAUUUUUAAUCUCUUUAUUUAUCUUUAUCUUUUUCUUCUCAAUAUUUAUUUUUAAAAUUUAUUUAAAAUACUCCAUAUAAAUUUCUCUGGUUUCUUCUCCUUGAAUUUCUUCUGUGAAAUUUAAGCCACUCCAUUAAAAUUUUACCCCUUUCUCUCUCUAUCUCUCUUACAAGUCUCUAUCUCCUCACUUUCUCUCUCAUCUCUUCAGCUUCUUUUCGAAGAAAUCGCUGGUACAUUGUUCAUGAUCCGAAUAUUCACAUUCUUUUUCCUCUGAAUUUUCUUUUUUUUGGGGCUAAAAUUGCGAAUUGUGAGAUUUCUGGGUGUCCCGUAUGGGAAAGAUUAGAAGUAAAUGGAAAUGAAACUUAUUAAGUGGAGUAUUUUCUUUUCUGUAAAGUAAAACAAUUUUUUGUUUAAGCAACUUUUCUUUUCCUGCUGGUGGGUUUUAGAUGGUACCAGUUGAUUGAAGCAGUUUGCGGGCUGAAACUAAGCAUGUUGAUAGCGUUUUCGUUGGAUUUUGUAAAUCUAUAUGAUGAGAAUCAGGUCUUCAACAAAUUUUUUCAUAUUGUGGUGCAAUUGAACACUAACCUUCAUCAACAAACAAGUAACAAAGACUUUGUCCCAAAACAAAGUUAUGUUUGGAGGCUAUUAGAGGUCCAUUGACAAUUUUGUACGGGUGUGUCCUCAUUUUAGAAUAAUGGACAGAUAUAAACUUUUGAAAGAGCUCGGUGAUGGAACUUGUGGAACUGUAUAUAAGGCUGUCAAUAGAGAGAAUUAUGAGAUUGUUGCUGUCAAGAAAAUGAAGAGGAAGUUCUAUUUUUGGGAAGAAUGUGUAAAUUUGAGGGAAGUGAAGUCUCUCCGUAGAAUGAGUCAUCCCAACAUCAUAAAGCUGAAAGAAGUUGUACGAGAAAUUAAUAAUGAGCUAUUUUUUAUAUUUGAAUAUAUGGAAUGCAAUCUAUAUCAUUUAAUGAAGGAACGACAGAUACCUUUUUCGGAAGAAGAUAUAAGAAACCUCCUGACUCAGGUUCUUCAAGGGCUGGCACACAUGCAUAGGAAUGGAUACUUUCAUCGAGAUCUAAAACCUGAGAAUCUUUUGGUAACGAAUGAUGUGAUCAAAAUUGCUGAUUUUGGACUCGCCAGGGAGCUUUCAUCAAUGCCUCCUUAUACUGAUUAUGUUUCAACACGCUGGUACCGGGCCCCAGAAGUUCUGUUAAAGUCUUCAACUUACACUCCUGCAAUUGAUAUGUGGGCAAUUGGUGCAGUAAUGGCUGAACUUUUUACCUUGUGUCCUAUUUUCCCUGGAGAAAGUGAAAUAGAUCAGCUGUACAAAAUAUGCAGUAUACUUGGUGCUCCUAAUUGGUCUGUGUUUCCGGAUGCAAAAAAUUACGCACAGUUGGCCAAUAUUUGUCAUUCACAGAUUUUGCCUGUGAAUCUGGCGGACAUAAUCCCAAAUGCUAGCUGGGAAGCUGUUGAUCUUAUCAGCCAACUGUGUUCUUGGGAUCCACUUAAGAGGCCAACAGCAGAGCAGGCGCUGCAGCAUCCAUUCUUUAAUAUUGCUUCAUGGGUCCCUCGUCCAAUGCAUGAUCCUUUACAGAACAAACCAGAGUAUACGAAAACAAAGCCAAACCUUGACCUGAACCUGUGGGACUUCGACAGCAAGCCAGAUGAUUGUUUCCUUGGGCUGUCAUUGGCUGUGAACCCUGGUGUUUCAGCAUUAGAGAUGGGACCUAGUGUAUCUGGAAGCACACGGCAGGAUAUUUAUUUUUGCUCUAAUUUCCAGGAUCAUCCAGAGCAGUCAGUUUUCUGGUCACUUUUUUCACCUUGCCGAAAUGGAACGACUCCUCCAGUUGAUCCAUCCUUGUCACUUUCAUUCAGCAGUUCCAUGACGCACCCCCCAAUUGGAGUUCCUCAUUCAGGAUCGGCCUUGCAGCUUUGCAGCCAGGAAUAUUAGAUGGCCCAUUGUUGGCUGUUUUCCUCACCCCUACAGCCGAGUCACUAUCUCCGAGUGACUUUUUAACUUUUAUUUAUAUUUAAUCUGGAGGAAUCAUAGAGAUGUAAUUAUUUAAUUUAUUUUCCUUACUUCUUAUCCAACACAAAAACAAUUGUGGUAGGGAUCACAGUGAUUAACUGAUUACGCUCAUUGUAGCUACUUGUAAAUAUAUUUAAGCAGUUAAUAUUGGAGUAAGCAUUCAUUUCUGACUUCAA